AUGUCCACUGGCUCGGUGAGUGACCCCGAAGAGAUGGAGCUGCGGGGGCUACAGCGGGGGUACCCGGUCCCCGCCUCCAAAAGGCCGCCUCUCCGUGGCGCCGAGCGCAGUUACGCCUCUCCCAGUGACAAUUCGUCUGCCGAGGAGGAGGACCCCGACUGCGAGGAGGAGCAGUGCUCUCUGAGCUCAGCAAGCGACUCAGGAGGCUGCAAGAGAAAGAGGCCCCGGGUGGCUGGGAGUGGCGGCACAGGUGGCAGUGCAGGCGGCUGUGGCAAAAAGCCACUCCCGGCCAAGGGAUCGGCCGCAGAGUGCAAGCAGUCGCAGCGGAACGCAGCCAACGCCCGAGAGCGCGCUCGGAUGCGUGUGCUGAGCAAAGCCUUCUCCAGGCUGAAGACUAGCCUGCCCUGGGUACCCCCUGACACCAAGCUCUCCAAACUGGACACCCUGCGACUCGCUUCCAGUUACAUCGCACACCUGCGGCAGUUGCUGCAGGAAGAUCGCUAUGAAAACGGCUACGUGCACCCGGUGAACCUGACGUGGCCAUUCGUGGUCUCSGGACGACCUGACUCUGACACGAAAGAAGUUUCCGCAGCCAGCAGAUUAUGUGGAACCACUGCUUAGAGAGGACUGGAACUCACUUGUUGGGAUUAUUUGUUAAACGCAAGUGUUUUGGAGCCGCGGAAAGACGGGAGAGAGUGAGAGGACACUAGAGAAUGGGCACAAGGUCCCAUAGGAUUCUCCUGGACUUUUCCCCUUGCCUGGAACUGUGAACAGGGCAGGUGUCCUGCGACCACRUUUUGUAAUCAGAAAGACCCUCCUUCUUGUGGCGAGCACGGACCUAGAUCCAGUCUGGGGCCUUAGCUCUCGAGACUCAUCCACCGCGGAGCCCAGCAUCAAAUCGCUUAAGGGGUAGUUUCUGAGCUGAGCUGGAUUUGUCAUAUAUGUGAUGGCAGAAUUCUGCACAAUCUGGGCCUUUCAC